CACACUGCCACUGAACCGCUGCGUAGGUGGCGUGUUAUGCUUAGAAUUUCCCCUGCAAGUUGCUGGCGCUGAUUAGAUUUAGUUCCCCAAAUAUAUAUAAGCACACACACACACAGACACACACAAUGGCAAGUGGAUUAUUGGCUGGAAAGGUGGCAUUUGUGACAGGCGCCGGCUCUGGCAUUGGUCGUGCCACCUGUCGCCUGCUGGCUCGUGACGGCGCCAAGGUCAUUGCUGCCGAUCGCAAUCUGCAAUCGGCUCAGGAGACGGUCAAGCAGCUAAUGGUGCCCGCUGCUGCGGUCGAGGUGGAUGUCUCCUCGCUGCAGAGUGUACAGAGUGCGGUGUCCGCAGCAGUGGCCCAGUUCAAGCAGGCGCCAAGCAUUGUGGUUAACUCGGCGGGCAUCACCCGCGACGGCUACCUGCUGAAGAUGCCCGAACGGGACUACGACGAUGUCUACAGCGUGAAUCUGAAGGGGACGUUUUUGGUGACGCAACAGUUCGCCAAGGCGAUGAUCGAACAGCAACUGACCAACGGCAGCAUCAUCAAUCUGUCCAGCAUUGUGGCACGCAUGAACAAUGUAGGCCAGGCGAACUAUGCCGCCACCAAGGCGGGCGUCGUCUCCCUGACCGAGGUGGCCUCCAAGGAGUUUGGCAAGUUCGGCAUACGUGUCAACUGCAUCCUGCCCGGCUACAUAGACACCCCAAUGGUGGCUGUGGUGCCUGACAACAUCAAGCAGCAGGUCGUGCAACGCUGCCCCCUCGGUCGCCUCGGCCAGCCCGAUGAGAUUGCCGAAGUGAUUGCCUUCCUCGCAUCCGAGAGGUCCUCCUAUGUGAAUGGUGCUGCCAUUGAGGUUACCGGCGGCCUCAAGUGAAUAUUAAUCAACCCACUAACAACACCAACAACAACAUAGUUAAAUAACUUUGCAUUUAUUUGUUGUAGAUCUACAAUUAAAGAAAAACGUUAUUGUUAUGUGUUUUUGU